AUGUCUAAAGUUCCACUUUAUUGUAAAAUGAUUCAAAGCAUUACAGAAGAUUAUUAGAAUCCAAUAAAUUAAUAUUAAAUAUUGUAAACUUUUAUAUUUCAGAAUCAAAACUUUGGAAUUAAAUAGAAAACCUUUUAAAAACAAUAAAAUUCUGCUUGUGGAUAAUUUAUUUCAGAUCAUAUAUUAAGUUUUUAAUGUUUUACUUGUGGCAGUGAAGCAACGCACAUGUAUUGUUAACAAUGUUUUGAACCUGAAUAACACAGAAGUAAUUUAUUUAUUAAUUUAUUAGAUCAUUAAUGUGUUAUGGAUCUUAAGAAUAGUGGAAUAUGUGAUUGUGGUGUUUAAUCUAUAAUUAAAUAAGAAGGAUUUUGUUCUGCUCAUAAAACAUAAAAUAAUUUUAAAACAUAAAAAGGAAUUGAUUAAAUUCCAACUUAUAUUUAAAAUAAUAUCUCUGAUUUUAUUUAAGCACUCACAUAAGUUUAUAGUUUUCUGAUGAAAAAUAUUAAAAAUAAUUGCUCGAAUGUUAAAAUAAAAAUCCUGAAUUUCUAUCAUUAUGCUAAUUUUUUUAAGGAUUAAUAUUUACAAAAGUUAAUAAUUAGUUAACAAAAUAUUAAAAAUUUUUAUGAUACAUUAAGAAAAGCAUCUUAUAUUCAUACUAUUUUAUUUUAGACAAUUUAAUCACUUUUAGAGUAAGAUUUUUGCUACUAACCUCUGAUCACAAAAAGUCUUUCAAAUUUUUGUUAUUCAAACAAUGGUAAGAAAAUUAUGGAAAUACUAUUAGAAUAUUAAAUUUACAUUGAGGUUUAUUCUAAAUUUAAUUACUUUGAGAUAGAUAAAAUUCUUUAUUAAUUAUACACUGAUGAAAAUUUUAAAGCUUUUAUGUUCUCUCAAAUAUUAAAGUAUUUUUCAUAAUUGUGGUUGAUUUAAGAGGUUGAAAUUACAUCAUAAAAUCAAAUAAUAGAAGAUCUCUUACUUAAACUAAGAGAAUCAUAAAAUAUAAAUACUUAUUUUAAUUAAAUAUACUUACAACUUGCCACUUAUUUUGAUCCUUAUUUCUCAGAACUAUAAACCACCAGAAAAAAAAUCCAUCAUGUUUUUGCAAGCGAAAUAAUUAUGUCUGAAACCUAAUUUAUCUCUAAGGAAAUGUAGAAAGAAUUUUUUUGUGAAAAAAAUAGUGUUUAGGAUUUUGUAGUUUUGAUUGAGAAAUUAAUGUAUUCUUGUAAUAAUUUAUGUUCCAAAAUUUAAUUAAUUAUCCCAUCCUUAUUUAGAAGGAGAUUUGAAUAUAAAACUUUUAUAGAAAUAGGAUUUGAUUAAUUAAAAGUAGAAUUAGAUCAUAAUUUUAAUUCAUUUUUGAAUUAAGAUAUAUAAAUUAAUGUUAUAAAGAAAUUUAAUUAUUCUAAAUUUGCAAUAUCUUACUUAAUUGAUUGUUUAGGAAAGGGAAUAGAUAGAAUUAAUUUAGAUAAUAUUCCUUAUACAAAAAUAUUAUUGGCUGACACAAUUCAUUAUAUCUUGGAUUAGGCAAAAUAUUUUAGUGCAAUUAGAGUUGGGUUACAGACUAUCUUUACUAAUUCAAAAUGCACUGAUAAAUUUAAAUAAAACUUAAUAAAAGUUCUUUUUUAUUAAACUUAUUGUAUUUUAAAAAAAUCUUUUGAUCUAUUUAGCUUUGAUAUACAUUCUAUAAGCAAUUAAUUACAUGAUGGCAAAUUGUAAAUAAUUAAAAAUGGUAUGAUAAUUUAGAAACUUUUUACUCUUUUUUUGAGUUAUUUAUAUUGUACUAAUAAAUUUUUGGAAGGAAAAUAAUUCUUCCUUUAUCUACUUGAUAUUUUGGAUGAAAGUGAACAAUAAUUUGAAUGCUUUCUCAAUUAUAUGUUUAUUUAAAUUCUUCAAGUUUAUUGUUUUAUUAAUUGCAAUAACAAUUAACACCUAAUAGAAGUUUAUCAAGGAACUGAAAAAAAUACAGAAUUUUCUUCGUUUGAACAAGUUGAUAAAUGUUUUAUUAAACUAUAUAUAUUUUUAUUUGGUUAAACUGUAUUCUCAAGAUUUGAAGAAUCUUUUUAAAAAAAUACAAUAAUUCCUUAAAGAUAAUUAAGCUAAAUAAAACAGUAAUAUUACAUCAUUAAUUAUUAGAAAGUUAUUUUAUGACAUGAUAAUUACAGAAAAUGAUUUAUACAAUAUUUGCAGUCCAUUUUUGACCGAAUUAUCAGAUGACUUAAAAUUAUCUUUAGUGAAGAUUGUGAGUAAUCAUCUCAAUCUUUCAACUUUCUUAGAAUAUAAAAAACUAAAAGCAUUACUUAAAGAAUAAGGAAUUUUAUUAAAUGAAAAUUUUCCAAAACAUAUUUUAUAAAUAUGUGAAGUUGAUUAGACAUUAAAAAAAUUAAAACUAAAAGAUGAAUACAAAAUUUUAUAUGAACCUACUCUUAUGUUGGAUAAAGAUUCAAAAGGAAAAAUAGUUGAAAGAUUUAUUGAGCAACAUAGAACAGAAAGGGAAAUUUAAUUUGGAAAUGGAAUUUAAUGGGAUUUUGAAUAAUAUUCAAAUGAACAUUAUAGAGUUUUACAGUUUACUAUAUUACGAAAUUAUUGUGCUUCUAAUUUAAUUCAAUAGAAUAUUCAAAAUUUUCUUUUUAUUUAAAAAGGCAAUUUUCAAGAAUUAUGUUAUCUUAUUUUAAUUCAAAUUAUUGCAUAGAAGUAUUUUCAUAAAAAUGAAUUUGAACUAUUUGUGAAUAUUUAUAUAAUUGAAUUAGAAGAAAUAUAAAAAUAAUAAUAUUUAGAUAUGAAAAAAUAAAAUUUACAAAAUCUUAUUUUAACAAUUAAAGAUUUGAAUAAAUAAUAAAUAGAAGACGAUUAAUCUUUAAAAAAGUUGAAAUUUCAAAUUUAAAAAGAUAAGUUCAAAGCUAAAUUUAAUAAAUAAUCUAAUUAAAUUUAAAAAACGUUAGAUUAACAUGAAUAAUAAUACUAGCCUGUUAUGAAUGAAGAAAAAAGCUUAUGCUUUACAUGUAAACUUGAAUUAACAUCCGAAAAUACAGUAGGGAUGUUAUUUAUAUAUUUGAAAUCUAAACAAUUAAUUGUUGAUGAAACAAUUUAAAUACUUGAAAACCAGUUAAAAUUUGAUAUAGAUUUAGGAUUAUAGACAUGUCGACAUUACUUUCAUGAUAACUGUUUAAUUGAAUGUUUUGAGAAUACAUAUAAAAAUGAUGAAAAUGAUUUCCCUAAUAAAAUUUAAUUAGAUUGUCCUGUUUGUAAAUAACCUUGCCUUUUUACCUUUCACAUUUUUGAAAUUUUUGAUGAUAAAAAAAUGGAAAGUUUAAACUAAUCUUUGAUCCUACACUAUUCAAUUUUAAAAGGUGAUUAAUAUUUUUUAACCGAUAUUCUUAGGACAUAAACUUUAAUUGGAAUUUAUAUAAAUUUAUUUUUCGAUUUACUAAUAUAAUUAUUUGUUAAUCCUUAAGAAUAUAAAAGAGAUCAAAAAGAUAAAGUAUUUAAAUAAUUGCUUUUUUGUUAUUUUGAAACCACUUAAGGACUGGAUUUAAUUAAGGAUGAUAUGUUAAAAAUAAGUAAAAAACUUGAUUAAUAAACUAAUAUUAUCCUUAAUAUUUUGAAUAUGAUAUUAGAAAUAUAACUAAAGGAAAAAACUUUGAAUUAAUUAAGGUUACAAAUUAUUUAACUAAUUUAACAAUAUAGAUAAUUUAGUAAGGAAGAAACUUUUCUUUUAAUUAGUUCUUUUGGUAUUUAAAGUUAGGAAAUCUUAAAGUAAUAAAAUAAUGAACAAAUAACAUAAUUUAUAGAAGAUAAAUAUUUAAGAAAUUACUAGAGUCUGGUUUAUAAUACUUAAGAAUUAAUUAAGAAUUUAUUAGGAUAAACAUUUUAAUAAUUUCAUGGUAUGUAUUUUGGAAAUAAAUGCAAUCUUUGCAAAUUUUAUAAUAGCGAAAAAAAGAAAAAUAAAGGUGUUUCUGUUUGUUUAUUAUGUUAGUAGUUGUUAUGUAAUUAUUCUUGUGCAUUUAAUGAAAAUGGAAACUUAAAUAAACAUGCAUAAACAUAUCAUAAAGGAAUUUCAAUAUUUAUAAGUCUUUAAAAUAGUUCAGUUUAUCUAAUGAGUUCACCACUUUCAAUUAAAUAUUAAAAAUGUUUAUAUUUUAAUGAUUUAGGUGAAAGAAUAGUUACUGAAAAUCCAAAAGCAGAUUGGAAUACUUAUGUUUUAGAUGUGAAUAAAGCUAAUGAGUUGGCAUCAAUAAUAAUAAAUUGUUAAUAUAGUAAAAUUAUUAAGAAUAAAGAAUUUAAUAAUUAAUUGUUGGAUGAUCUUGGAAUAUUUUGA